AUGCCUUUUUUCAGUUCCUAUGGAGAGACUUGGCUCUUUCUUACAAGCAUCGUUAUGGGCAUCACCAUGGUGAUGGGUGUGAGUGCGGUGACAUCAGCUCCCAGUUACAUGACCAAAUAUUACAAGUAUAUUUUGAAAGAUGACGGGGCCGUGCCUUCAAAUAAAAAGUUUUGGGACACAGUUCUUACAUUUUAUGUGGUUGUCACCAUGGUAACGCAGACCUUGUUUGAGCCAAUGAACCUAACGACGUUCUGCCGCCGCUUUUCUCUUAAUUUUCGGCUGCAGGCUUCCUGUGUGCUUAUGCUUGUGGAAUUGCUGGUGUUGUUGUUAAUUCCCUUCUCUUCUAAUGCAUCGGAAAAGGGCGCAAUGGCUGCUUUGAUGGUAAUGGCUUUUGUGGGCGGUGUCGGACGAGCGUUUUAUGAGAAUACUGGAUACGCACUAUUUGGCACUUGCCCGCCCACUACUAUUUCUGCUUUUGUUAUUGGUGCUGCUGUUUCUGGUGCCCUGACGUCUGCUUUGCAGAUUAUUAUUAAGGCUUCCAUGUCAGAUGACUUUGAAUCUGUCAAAAAACAGGCGUACAUUUACUUCAGCACGGCAAUUGGGAUUAUUAUUGUGACAAUGAUUAUGUUAUGGUCACUGUCGAAAAAUUCCUUUGCUCGGGAACGCAUUUUGGAGUUACGUUCAAAGCGCACUUUUGUUGCUAAUAUUUAUCGGAACCACACACCAGACAUUAGAUCAAACGUUGUUCCUGGAGAUUUGACCAACGCGAAUGAAGAGAAGGAAGAAGAAUUUGGAAACGACGUUACUUCCUCUUCUGGAGAAGACCCCUACGAAACUGGGUGGCUUUUGAGUGUAAGACUCUGGCCAAUCAUCAAGAAGAUUUAUCCCGUGCAGUUUUCAUGUUUUUUCACGUAUUUUAUGACAUUCCUUCUCUUUCCUGGUGUAAUGCUGGCCGUGGACGUAAAUGAUUCUUGGUACGGGACUAUUGUUGUGGCAGUUUUCAGCCUCGGUGAUCUUGUGGGACGAUUAAUGUGCCUAAGUCGAAGGUUGUGGCUUUCUCGGAGGUGGGUGGUUAUAUCCACAUUUUUGCGAAUACUCCUUGUUCCUUUGAUGGUUCUGUGUGCAAAAGGAUACAUUCGCAAUCAUGGCGCAGCUUAUGUAAUAGCUACCGUGACGGGACUAACCAACGGAUAUUUGGCCACAAUUUCUGUUUCAUAUGGACCGGAGACGGAAGGCCUUCAAACUGAUGGCGAGAAGGCCUUGGCUGGUCAAGCCAUUGGCGUCUGCCUACUUUUUGGUGUUUCUACGGGAUCGCUGUUACAGUUGGCUAUUGUGCUUGCCAUAUAG